AUGCUUACAUGGUGCAGAUCAGGGUGGUCAUGGUCUUAUGGCCCUCUCUAUAACCCAACACCUCUUUUCCUUGUCGAUGCCAUUGUCUACCGAUACCAGAACGAAAAGAAGCAAAUGGUCUUCCCAAAACAUGAACAAGCCCCGAACCCCGCGGCCCUUAGUGUCUGCAGUGAAUCUCGAGAGAUCGCCCUCACGAAAUAUCGGUUGUGCUUUGGCACGCCAGAUGUUUAUGCAGAUCUCGAAAUAGACAUUCUUUACUUUGGCCCGGGGCAUGCUCUCAAUUUGGAAUACGUGUGGGAAUGUACUCAGAGGGCUGGGGUUUCUCACCCGUUUAUUGACUAUGCCCUCAAUCCAGCGGCCAAAGAAGAUCUGGAGAAGGUCCAGCGCAUAGAUAUCAAGUAUCUAGAGGGAUGGGAAGAGUACGAUGACAGUCUUGGACCGUCCCAUAAAGGAGAUGGUAGUAAUCAGGCAACAACUCGCCGCAUUCAAGAGCUUAAAGAGCUCGCACGAUCAUCCAUAUCAGCGCCGUCGCUGCCAAGAUAUUACCCCCACAGCCCAAGCACUGUCUCAAAGAAAGAGCAUGAUCUCGAUGACUGGGUACCAGAACGGUGGUUCUCAUCACUCAAGCAAGAGAGGGGUGGCGAGCCCGAAAUCACCUCUAUUCCCAACGCGCCGAAAAGACUCUUCGUCCCUGCCAAAGGAUCCUAUAUCCCCUUCUCCGAGAGAGCUCGUUCUUGCCCCGGGAAACGCUUCGCGCAGAUUGAGAUUAUCGCUGUGCUUUCGGUCAUCUUCAAGACUCAUUCUGUGGAGCUGGAUGUUAGUGCCUGGGCAAGCGACGAGGACAUUGAGACGAUGGGCAAAGAUGAGAGGAGGGUGGUGUAUGAGAAGGCGAUAAAGAGGGCUAGGAGGAUGAUGUUCGAGAGCGAGACGAUUGUGGUCUUGCAGAUGCAGGAGAAGUGUCCGCUGCGGUUUGUGAAAAGGGGUGGAGAGAGGUUUCGUGAUUGUUAUGUGUGA